AAUAACAGACGGUUGUUGGGUGUCGAACAAUUUCCCAUAUCGCCACAUAAUCUUCUGAACUUGUUUGGCUUGAUCUGCAUUGAGAUGUGAGGUCAAUUGUUCAAUUCCGUCCCUGAUUUCUUGUGAACGUAGCGCUUUCGCAUGGAAAAAUUUUUUCGAACAAGCGACAGUGUCUAGCAUGAUUCUUGAUGAUUGAAAGCUUUUUUAUAACAUAUAAGUACGCUUCCCUUGGUUUUUUGAGUAAGUAUAGUCCUGUUUUGUUGCUUAGUUACACAAGAGAAAUUACCUUAAAUGGCAAUUCUACAACGUAUAAGCAAGAAACGAGAAAAUUUAGUUCAGCCGUAGAAUAAAAGGUACCGCUUCCAUCUUUCUUUCUUUUCAUCUUAUCAUUUUUCCUUUUCCUUUUAUGCGCAUGUCAAUCAAUAAAAUAAAUAAAACUAUAGGAAAAAGUAAGAAAAGACAAACUUUUAUCUUAUCAUAAAAGUAUUAAUUGGCCUUUUGGCCCAAAAGACAGUAUGCAAAAUGACUUUAGUCCAUACUCUGUCAGUUUCACGAAAAUAAAAUUAGUUAUAGGAUAUAUAUUUCUUAUUCGAUUCCAGUCGGUAUUAUGCAAGCCAUUUUUCCAAAAUAGGUAUGUCUGGUUUGUGGAAUAGAAGGCCAAUAUCUUCAGGAAAGAAUUUAGUGACUUAUAUAGAUACAUUUUUGAUAAAAAGAAGUGUUAUACUGAGCAUUUUUUUAUCCACUCAAGAAAUGCUGGCUUCUCCUUUUUAAUGAGCCAUAUUCACAUCCUGGUGACGGCGCUAUGUGUUGGCCGUCAAACGGCUUGAAAGCUGGCCGUAUGAUUGCAUGUAUUGUAUAGACAGAACGCAAGAAAACAGUAUCUAUAUGUAGCGACCUCAUCAGGAUGUGAAUAUGGCUCAUUGGGAAAUUGAAUAUUUAAGAAAGCAACGUAUGAGUUUGUAUAUUAAGAUUAAAGCAUUUCUUGUCGUGAAUCUGACGGAAUAGUUAUCGUUGCUAUCAAUAGAUAGAUGAUGCUGAUAGAAAAAUAUUUUGUUAGAAGGGAAUGUGAAAUUGAAUAAUAUUAAAAUUUGAUAGUGUUUUCCUAGAGAUGUAUUCGCCGCAAUGUUUACAUAUUUGAAAUCAUUCGAUGCAUUUAUUUUAUUUUAAAAAGAAGUGAAGCAAAUGUGAAUUUACCGAAUGUUCAGAAAGAAACGCUCUUACUGUUUAUACACGUUUUCAGUAGAUAAAAGUUUGAUAUUUUCUUCUCCCAUCUGACAAUAAUUUAUGUUCAAUACGUUUAAAUUUAAUAUAUAUUUUAAUUUCAGAAGGAAUUUGGAUUUUUUCACCUGACAUUGUUUGACAUUCUUCUGAACGAAAUCGAUUAUGAAACAGUCAAAAAAGUUAUACCAAAUGAAAUUAUUAGUAGCAUAAUUCAAGGUCAAAAACUAAUUAUUAAUGGUGAACAGUUUUCCAUUAAGUUCAAGUGAGUACUCUUUGUUAAAUUGGUAAUCCACGAAGUAACCGACGAAUGAUGCUAUUUGUUAACGUAUAGUUCUCAUUAGUAAUGAGAACUAUACGUUAACAAAUAGCAUCAUUCGUCAAUAAGGGUACAUUAUUAAACGCUCUCUAUUUCAUCAUACUACACUUGCAUUGUUUCUCUUUUUUUGUCAAAGGUUUAUCUGAUGGCGAAGACGAAAAAGAAUAUCAAAAAUCGAAUAAACGUGGUGAACGACAAUAUUUCUUAUGUCGAGAACCAGAUAAUAUCUUAGUUUUGAAAAUGGUAGAAGCAGAAGGUGGCGAAAAAAUAUCAGUUCUGACACGUCAAGAUGAAAUUGAAAGUAUCAUUCAAUCUUGUGUAAAGCAUUACGAAGAAAAGGAUCGCUUUCCAUCAUCGACUUUUUGUUAUAAUCAGAUAUUAACGAAAUUUUAUAUUUCGAAAGAUCGUUUUCGUUUUAUUUUUAAUUUAAUUGAUCCGUUAAUCAUAGCUGGUAACAAUUUAUGCGAUAAUACAGAUGCUGAUAAUAUGAAUCAGGGCAAUGAUCCGUAA